UUCUCAGUUCCUUCCUCCACUGUCAUGCUCCUCUAGAUCCCUGCACUGAAUUAACAAAGAGUCGUCAGCUUCUCCUCGAUGUCGAGCCGAGGCCGGCGGAUCACCGACGAGGAGAUGAGCGAGCUCGUCUCCAAGCUGCAGUCGUUGCUGCCGGAAUCCCGCCGGAGGAGCAUGGGCAGAGCGUCGGCAGCGAAGCUGCUGAAGGAGACGUGCUCCUACGUGCAGAGCUUGCACCGCGAGGUGGACGACCUGAGCGAUCGCCUCUCGGCUCUCAUGGCUACGCUCGACGUCAAUAGCCCUCAGGCUGACAUCAUCAGAGACCUCUUCAGAUAGAUUUAUCAUGUUAAUUAUUUUCUGCCUUCUUUUAGCUGCUGCAAGGCCAGUGUGAUCUUAAUUAGAGUGUUCGUGUGC